AUGUCCUUCCCACAUUUUGGACACCCAUACAGCGGCGCUUCCCAGUUUCUGGUGUCUGCCAGUCCCAGCGCCACUUGCUGCGAGUCGGCCCCGCGCUCGGUUCCGGAUGUGGCUUCAGGCUCCACCCCGGCUGCUGCUCUCUGCUGCGCAUCCUACAACAGUAGACUGCUGGGCAGCGCUAGGCAGGAGCUGGGCGCGGCCUUGAGCAUCUACGGAGCCCCCUACGCAGCCGCUGCAGCCGCGCAGAGCUACCCUGGCUAUCUGCCCUACGGCCCCGAGCCGUCGGCGCUGUACGGGGCGCUGAACCCACAGUAUGAAUUUAAAGAGGCGGUGGGGAGCUUUACAUCCGGUCUGGCACAAUCAGGAGCCUACUACCCUUACGAGUCCACCCUGGGGCAGUAUCAAUAUGACCGUUAUGGCUCCGUGGAGUUGAGCGGCGCCGGGCGCCGGAAGAACGCCACCCGGGAAACCACAAGCACGCUCAAGGCCUGGCUGAACGAGCACCGCAAGAACCCCUACCCCACCAAGGGCGAGAAGAUCAUGCUGGCCAUCAUCACCAAGAUGACCCUCACCCAGGUGUCCACCUGGUUCGCCAACGCGCGCCGGCGCCUCAAGAAGGAGAACAAGAUGACGUGGGCUCCCAAGAACAAAGGCGGAGAGGAGAGGAAGGUGGAGGGCGGAGCGGAGGAACCACUGGGCAGCCUAAACGGAGACACCAAAGAUGUUACUGCUAACAGAGAGGCCCGGGGACUCCGGCUGAGUGAUCUGGAAGACCUGGAGGAGGAAGAGGAAGAGGCUGAAGAAGAGGAGGCAGUGACCACAGCUGCCAACAGGCUGGCCGAGUUCCCUAAGGGCGCGCAGUCGCUGCCCGCGCCCUGUGCUGCAGCUCGAGAGCGCCAGCUCGAGCGCAGGGAGUGCGGUCUGGCGGCUCCCUGCUUCUCCUUCAGUGAGCCCCCCGGGCAGGGCGAGGCUGACUUCCUCCGGGCAGAGCCUGAGGACCCCACGCUGACCAUGCACUACGCCUGCAGCGGAAAACCGCGCAUCUGGUCUCUGGCGCACACUGCGGCGGCCAGCGCCGUCGAAGGUGUACUCCCAACCCGGCCCAGGCCACGAAGUCCCGAGUGUCACUUGCUUCCCGGACAGCCUUCAGGCUCAGGAGGGCGACCGCUGGUCCCCAGAGACUCUGCGUGCAACGAGUCUUCCCGCAUAGCCAAAGCAUUUGGAAACCCUACGUUGGCCCUGCAGGAGCUGGCGCUAAACUGUGCGUCCUGCCCGCAGCAGAGGGAACCUGCGAUGCAGUGCCAUUACCCGGCCGGAGCAGAAGGAACAGAGAACUGUAGUAAAGUGGCUGCCUACCUUACCACCCAGAACCUCAAGAGGUCGUCUCUUGAGCUCCAGGAACCAUCUCCAGACUGA